CUGGAGAUGGCAGAGUCUUCUGAUAUCGAGAUUUAUCGUAAAUACAUAGUUAAGAAUUAUGUUGCACUCAAGAAGUAUUUGCAUCCUGAUCCUAUUAUUGAUUGUGAGAAAGGCUUUGAAUUACUCACCGUUACAGACAGAAAAAAUAUCCAGGGUAAGGAUCCAACUGAUAAGAAUGAAACGAUAUUGAGAAAAGUUAUAUCCAAAGGUGCUAAAGGUUACACAGAGUUUAAGGAGUGUCUUAAAAAGACUUGGCAGACUGAAUUAUUAGAGCUGAUCGUUUGUGCAGAGAAUGGACAGGACACAAUAGAGAUAGAAAGUCGGCUUGAGGAAACUCCAGAGUAUAUCAAACACAGAGGUGAACUUCAAGGCUACCUGAUUAAAUUCUACAGAAAAAGGUGUAGUUCAAUACCUCUCUCACCACUUCUUGAAGAAAUAGAGACACCUCUAGCUGGGUUCUAUGUGAUGCCAGAUAUAGUCGACGUAGAAAGAAAGUCCCAAACUUGUCAUGAAGAGGAGAGAACACCGAUCAAUUCUUUGAAAGACAUGUUUUCAACCGGAAGUGAAGAUCAACAAGAAAUUUAUCUACCAGCUGAUGCAGAGGACAGUCGAGAAAAAAAUGACGAGUUGUUUCCCUUUGUCCACAGACGCAAAGAGGCGAAGGUAUGA